AACGACAACCAUUCUAAUACUCCUUUCUUAACUUCCAGAAGUUUCUUUUCCCAUCUAUAAAGUCUACGUGAAGGAUUUGGUGGUGGGCACGUCGGCAUAUCCGAGAGGUUGUAGAGAGGUUUUUCAGGAGCUCUGAGAGGCUGUAAACUUACCUCUAAAAUCAUGUUGGCGUCAAACGUGCUUCUCCUGUGCCUACUGGCCACUGUGAGCGCAAACAAGACCCUGAGCAGCAUUGCAACCACGCUAGCCGACAACAGCGCCACACUGGCCUUCAACCUGUAUCAAAACAUGGCGAAAGAUAAGGACAUCGAGAACAUCCUGAUUUCCCCAGUGGUAGUGGCCUCAUCGCUGGGUCUGGUGGCUCUUGGAGGAAAAUCCAACACUGCUUCUCAGGUCAAAACCGUCUUGAGCGCCGCUUCAGUGAAGGAUGAGCAACUCCAUUCUGGGCUUUCGGAGCUCCUCACCGAGGUCAGCAACCCAAAGGCACGAAACGUCACCUGGAAGAUCAGCAACCGCUUCUACGGGCCCAGUUCUGUUAGCUUCGUUGAUGACUUUCUGAAAAGCAGCAAGAAGCAUUACAAUUACGACCACUCCAAAAUUAACUUCCGCGACAAACGCAGUGCGGUGAAAGCCAUCAACGACUGGGCAUCGAAGUCCACCGAUGGAAAGCUGCCGGAGGUGACCAAAGAUGUGGAGAAGACAGAUGGAGCCAUGAUCAUCAAUGCCAUGUUUUAUAAACCACACUGGAAUGAGCAGUUUCAUCAUAAGAUGGUGGACAAUCGUGGUUUCUUAGUGCACCGGUCAUUCACCGUCUCCGUACCCAUGAUGCACCGCACAGGCAUUUAUGGCUUCCUUGAUGACACAACCAACAAACUUUUAGUUCUGGAAAUGCCGCUGGCCCAUAAGAUGUCAUCUUUAGUCCUUAUCAUGCCAUACCACGUAGAAUCACUGGAAAGAGUGGAGAAACUGCUGACACGUCAACAACUGAACACCUGGGUCAGUGCAAUGGAACAGAAAGCAGUAGCAAUCUCUCUGCCAAAGGUCAGCAUGGAGGUCAGCCACAACCUGCAGAAACAUCUCGCUGAGCUGGGUCUGACUGAAGCUGUGGAUAAGGCCAAGGCUGAUCUGUCCAACAUCUCAGGGAAGAAAGACCUCUAUUUGUCCAAUGUUUUCCAUGCCUCAGCCAUGGAGUGGGACACAGAGGGAAAUCCGCCUGAUACUAGCAUCUUUGGUACAGACCAGCUGAAAAAUCCCAAACUCUUCUACGCCGACCAUCCUUUUGUCUUCCUGGUGAAAGACAACAAGACAAACUCUAUUCUUUUCAUGGGCAGGCUGAUCCGGCCGAAGGGUGAUAAAAUGAGGGAUGAAUUGUAGCGGGUUAAUUUAAAUGCGAGUGUAUGUGGAAGUGUGUGCAGAUUUGUGGAUGUGUGUAAAUGGUACACCUUAGUUUGUUCCAUCUGUGGACCACUUUGUACUAUCUCUUAAUCUUUAAACUAGUGCUGUCAAACAAUUAACCACACCCAAAAUACACGUUUGUAUUUAGAUUAUGGUUGUGUACUCAUUAUAUAUAUAUAUAUAUAUAUAUAUAUAUAUAUAUAUAUAUAUAUAUAUAUAUAUAUAUAUAUAUAUAUAUAUAUAUAUAUAUAUAUAUAUAUAUAUAUAUGUAUAUACAUACAUACAAACACAAGAAAUACAAAACUAAAAUAUUUACAUAUAUAUUUAUAUAAUUUGUAUUAGAUAUAAAUAUUAUAAAUAAAUACAUAUAUAAAAGAACAUGUAAAUACAUAAAAUAAUAAAUAAAAUAAAUAAUUACAUUAACUAUAUAUAUAUAUAUAUAUAUAUAUAUAUAUAUAUAUAUAUAUAUAUAUAUAUAUAUAUAUAUAUAUAUACAUACAUACACACACACAAAAUAAAUAUAUUAUGUAAAUACAAGGUUUUAUUUUGGAUACGAUUAAUCGUGAUUAAUAUUUUGACAGCACUACUUUAAACCCAAAGUAUGUUUUGUUUUACUUGUAUGGAAGGCCGUCAGGGCCAAAAAGUUUGAAAUCUUCAAAUGUGUGUCCCCACAAACGUCACCUCACAAUUUCGCAAUGUUUCCCAAGUUUGCUUUUAUAUAAAAUUCUUUUGAAGGAAAUUUUUACCUUAAGUGAAUAGGACAGAGGAUAGAAUAAAGUGGAAGCAGGAAUGUGUGGGGAGCAGAGAGAGAGGAACAGGAUCGGUUAAGGACCAAUUAAACUCGGGUCACCGUGACCACCUCAGUGCUAAAUGUUGACACACUUAACCACUAGGCUAUUGGUGCCGACUCAAGUAUACUUCUUUUUACAGAUUUUACAGGUAUAAAUAUUGAAUAUGGAGGGGUAACGGGAGCCCAAACUUUAAAGACAAUACAUUAAUUUUUAUUGCAAGAACGUGCACAGUUUGACCAUGUAUAGGUAUGCAUUUAAACAUGUUUAGUUUUGUAUUUGUAAAACUAAACAGUAUGAGCAUAUUAAGUCUGUAGUUUUUGCGAAAUAUGGAAGGCCAUUGGGGACAAAAAUCUUUAUACGUGUGAAACUGAUGUGACCUUGCAAUUUCACUACGUUUUUCAAGCUUCAAGGCUAUCAAAGUCAAAAGUUUUAAGAUGAUACGUUAACAAAUUUAUUGUGUAAACAUGCACGGUUUGACUAUGUAAAAGCAAACAUUUUUACAUGUUUAUUUAGUAGGCAUAAGCAUGAAUAGUAUGAUUUUAUGACCCAAUUUAAACAAGUAAGCAGCAUUUAUAAAAUAUGGAAGGUCAAUGGAGUCAAAAUCUUAUGACAAUACAUUACAUUUUAUUGUUUGAACGAGCAGUGUGACUACGUAAAAGCAGAUUUUAACAUGUAUAUUAUACAUAAGUGCAUGUCAAAUUUGAUUGUGUGAACAUGCACAAUUUGAUCAUGUCAAAGCAGCAGAUUUGAAUAUGUUUAUUAAGUAUGCAUAGAUUUGCACAGUUUGACCAUGCUAAGUAUUUUUAUGCAACAUGCAUGCUAUGACUGCUAAGAUGCCAACUUUGUUUCUUUAGUACGCAGACACAGAUAGUUUGAUAGCGAUGAGGAAUCAAUGUUUAUUGAAAGGCCAGUAUAUAAUUACAAUAUUUUUGUGUGUCUUGUAUACAUUUAUCCCAAUGAACCACUGUGCCUAAUGCAAAAAUAGUUUUAAAUACAGCAAUUUCAUUAGUUGUUGUGCUUGUUUGCUCAUUAAAAUUAUUAAACGUGUCACAAUUAAAUUUCAUGCAUUUCACUUAAAAACUUUUUGGCCCUAAUUGCUUUCCAUACUGUGCUGAUCACAAAAUUCCCAUCACAUGAGUUAAAACUAAGUAUACUUUGGGAUUAACAUUGAUAAUUGAUUUUAGAUGCCUCAUAAUGCUUUCUUAUGUCACAGACAAUUCCAGUGUACUUGACAGCAUCAUAAUUUCACACCUGAAUGGGUUCCUGAGAAGUGCAGCAUGCUUAUAUUAAGUAUGAUCUCCAUGAAAUGUCUUAAAUCCACACAAAAGCAUUUAUUUUUUGCUCAGGGUUUCUCUUUUUAUUUGCGUUUCAAUGGCUAGCUUGCAUAAGUCACUAUGUCAGGUGUUUGAUUUCUGAAAAAGUCUGUUUUUUUUACAAAGUGCCUGCGAGUUCAACAAAGCAUGCUGAAACAUUCCUACGCACAUUUGCGUCUGCACUGAAUACUGUGUCUGCACUAUAGACAGUAGUGAUAUGAGCUCAUGUCUGUACCAUGUUAAAGCUUGUAUUCACAUUGUACCAAAACACGGUUGCCUGAAAUGUUGGAUUGUUCCUUGAUUUUACAAUAAAAUCAGCAUCACUGAGGA